AUAAAAUCAAUAGAGAAGAGUCCUCUCUACUUUCUGCAGUCAUUCUGAUAUUAAAUUGUUUUAACCUUUUCUUAAGAAUGAUAGAACAUGUGUUAGAAAUUCCAAAAAUACUUCAAUGAAUUUGAAGUUCUCUUUUCUCUCUCUCGAUCAAGAUAAUCUUGCUUAUCACUUCAACUUAUCCAUGUAAAUACUCUCUUAUCCCAAACUUCAAAAUGAAUAUUUUCGAUUGAAUUGGGAGCAACUCCACCCCUCUGGAUACUUAUAUUCAGAAAUCAGAAAUAACCAUGAUAGGAGUGGUGAUGUCGGCUGAGCCCAGAACUGAUGUGAGUUCUCAUAGAAAUAGCAACAGCCAAACCCAAUCUUGAACUCCUAUUUUCUGAUUUUAGAUAGGGAAGUUGUUACGUCAUAGCUUCGCGAGGGUUAUACAAUUCUAAACAUUCGCAACUCGCCAGGGACCAAAAAUCUUUGUCACAAAUAAUACAAAUAUAAGAUAGAAACCCUUGCUCAGCCAUAAUUACGAGGGGCAAACGAUCGGCGGAUAAUGAGCCCUCGGCCAGAAUACCUACGUCUCUGCCGCUUCCUCGACGAAUCCCUCCAUCCCUUUUACAAUCUCGCGGCCGAUUCUUUAACUGAAGAAACCGAAAGGGACCUUCUAAGCGCUCUAUCGCAGGUUUUUAGCCAAGUUAAGCAGUGGACGAAUGAAUUUGAUUCUGAUGAGGAGCUAUCGGCAGAAUCUGUUGAUGACAGGGCAUGUUCGGUUUCAGCAACCUCGUAUUUGGACAAUCGGCAUUGUUUGGCCAAGAUCAUUGGUGACUUGAUGCUUUUGCUUGCUAUCAACAUUCAAUAUGCUCAGCACUUGGUUGGGAACACUCUUGUUGCCAUCUCCAAGUUUGUCCUUGCAUCAGAUAGGAGUUGGGAUGAUUUCAUGCAUUUGUUGUGUCUUUGCUUGGAAUUGGCAAUUUGUAACAGUCUUACAUCUUCAGAAUCUGAUGCAUUGGGAACCAGAUAUUUAGAUUGUGAUCUGUCCACUAGAUCUUUCUUGAAGCUGAAACUGAAAAGUGCAAAUUGGUUUGUGGUGGCUGCUAUUUUUCAAGUUUUACAUAACAUACUGAAAUAUCUAAAGCAAGAUUUUGAUGACAAAGUCAUGAAAACUUACCUAGAUUCUAUCAGCUCUUCUAUGUUAAAUUUACCCUGGGAUGUAUUGAACGAGAUCUAUCUUAGUCAUAAUAUUGAAGCUCCGAAAGGCUCUCCCAAAGAUGUUUUACUACAAAGAAAGGAUAUCCAACCGAGAGAAGCAACAAUGUUCUUUGGAAAUCUCAUUCAGUUUCUCUGUUCUUUGGUCGGGCAAUGUAGUUUUCUAGAAGAUGGAGAUGGUUUUUCACCAGUUAUUUGCAAAAUCAUCAACCUUGUUCCCAAGCUCACAGCCUGGUGCCACUCUGAGCUUCAAACUACUCAUCAUGAUCGUAUCUCUCAUUAUUUGAGACAUAAAACACUGAUGCUAAUGGUCAAGCUUAGUUCUAGCAUCCACAUUGAGCAAACUGUACUCAUGACAUGGAUGCAUCUAGUCCACAUGUACUUUGAAGAUGUACUAAUGCAACCUAUAUCUGGAGUUAAGCUUGAUCAAGAUGGCCUUUUGGACGGGUCACCAUUCUGCACAAGCAUCUCUGAUCCAGGAAAACAAAGUAUGUUAUCUCGUCAUUUGCAAAGGCUGACUGUAUUUCUUUUCUUGAAGUGUUCCCUAAAUUUGGCUAGUUGUAAAAGAAGUCCUGGUGAACCGCAAUGUCUAUGUGAAAAUCUGAAGCAUUAUUGGACUGGGGAGCUGAACUGGGAUCCGCAAUGUUGCACUAAAAGUAAAGGUUUAAUAGAGCUCGAUAAGUGGCUUCAAGCUCACAUUCCUGUUGAUAUUAGUGCUAAUGAUGAAUUCUAUUUUGAACGAUGUGUGAGAUUUACAUUAUCCUUCCUUCGGCUAUUUAUGCAUGAGGAUGAUAUCUUAUUUGAAAUGCUCUUGCAACUGUUCCGUCUACCAUUUUAUUUGGAGCAUCAGACUAUUAAAAACGAGCCUCUUGCUGAAGCAAAGGAUCGGCCCCUCUUUAUUGCUUCUGACUUGUUUAAUCCUAUAAAUCUGUUCCAUCUAUUUCUGGCUGAGAUACACUAUGAUCAUCAAGUUCUUCUUGACUAUCUCAUCUCAAAAGAUACAGGAUCCAGCUGCGCUGAAUACCUCUUGAGGUCACUACGGAUUGUUUGCAAUUCAUGGAGCUUAUUUAUCAAAUUUCCGGGAGUUGAAGAAGGUUUAAAUCAAUUAUGUCCAAAGAGGCAACGAGUUUUAAUAGACUCUACAGAUUUGAAGGAUGGCAGAAUAUCAUCACUUGAGCAGUGUAAUGAAGGUCAUGCACAUGGCAGAAAGGGCUACAAAAAUUAUAGACUGUCAUUUGUAGCUGCUAGGGAUUGUUUGGUUUCGUUGAGAACAUCCAUCAACAGACUUAACCAAAAG